AUGGGCGGCGGCGGCGGCUCGGAGGCGCCUCCUCCUGCCGCAGCCCCGGGCGGCGGGGACCGGCUGCAGCCGCAGCCGCAGCAGCAGCAGCAGCCGCUCCGCCGCGCCGGCCGCAUGGCGGGCUACGCGCCGCGCCUGCCCUGGCUGCUGCCGCUGCUGCGGCGGGCAGCGCCGCCCCCCUGGGCUCGGGCCGCCGCUCUCCGCGCCCCGCCGCGCCCGCCCGGCAGGUGCGGGACGCUCUCCUCCUCCUCCCCAUCUUCUUCCCCGCCGCCGCAGCUGCUGCCGCCGGGCGCGCCGCGCUCUCGCCACUUUCGCCUCCUCCUCCCGCCCGCGGCGGCGGGCAGCGCCUCGCGCUCCCUCAGCGCCUCGCGCUCCCUCCGCGCCGCCGCCGGCGCGGAGCCGCCGCCGCCGCCGCCGCCGCCGCCGCCGCGCUUCGAGUCUCGGAGGCUGCUGGCCCUGGCGCACCCCGAGCGCUGGAGACUGGCAGCUGCUGUUGGCUUUCUGACAGUUUCCAGUGUCAUAACCAUGUCAGCCCCUUUCUUUCUGGGGAAAGUUAUUGAUGUUAUUUAUACAAAUUCCAGUGAAGACUUCACUGACAGCCUGACCAGCCUGUGUGCCUUGCUGAGUGGAAUCUUUUUAUGUGGUGCUGCUGCUAAUGCUACUCGUGUCUACCUCAUGCAGACUGCAGGACAAAGGAUUGUGAAACAUUUGAGAACAACCAUGUUCUCCUCUAUUCUGAAGCAAGAAACUGCUUUCUUUGACAAGACCAGAACAGGAGAGCUGAUAAAUCGCUUAUCUUCAGACACAGCCCUCUUGGGCCGCUCAGUGACUGAAAACCUUUCAGAUGGGCUCAGGGCAGGAGCACAAGCAUCUGUGGGGGUUGGAAUGAUGUUUUUUGUGUCUCCUAGCCUUGCUGCAUUUGUUCUGAGCGUUGUGCCACCGUUGGCUGUCCUGGCUGUGAUUUAUGGAAGAUAUUUGCGAAAACUUACUAAAAUGACCCAAGAUUCUCUUGCAGAAGCAACUCAGUUGGCUGAAGAGCGUAUUGGAAACAUAAGAACAGUUCGAGCUUUUGGGCAAGAAGUGGCUGAAAUAGAGAAGUAUACAAAUAAAGUUGAUUAUGUGCUACAACUGGCUAAAAAAGAGGCGCUAGCUCGGGCAGGUUUCUUUGGAGCAACUGGCCUUUCUGGAAACUUAAUUAUCCUCUCAGUCUUAUACAAAGGAGGAUUACUAAUGGGCAGUGCCUACAUGACAGUUGGUGAACUCUCAUCUUUCUUAAUGUAUGCUUUCUGGGUUGGAAUAAGCAUUGGAGGUCUGAGUUCCUUUUAUUCGGAGCUAAUGAAAGGACUAGGUGCUGGUGGACGUCUGUGGGAACUUAUUGAAAGGAAGCCCCAACUUCCAUUUAAUGAGGGAAUCACAUUAGGCAAAGACACAUUCAGAGGUGCUUUGGAAUUCAGGGAUGUCGAGUUUGCAUAUCCAACACGUCCAGAAACAUCAAUUUUCAAAGAUUUUAGCCUUUCCAUUCCAGCUGGCUCUGUUAUGGCUCUGGUUGGCCCAAGUGGUACAGGGAAAUCAACUAUUGUAUCCCUUCUACUGAGGCUGUACGAUCCUAUCUCAGGUACUAUCACUGUUGAUGGCUUUGAUAUCCGUCAGUUAAAUCCACUGUGGUUCAGGACAAAGAUUGGAACAGUGAGUCAGGAACCAAUUCUGUUCUCCUGUUCUAUUGCUGAAAAUAUUGCCUAUGGUGCAGAGGAUCCUUCUACUGUGACUGCAGAGGAGAUUCAGAAAGUUGCUGAAAUAGCUAAUGCUGCUAGUUUUAUCAGAGAUUUUCCAAAAGGGUUUGACACUGUAGUUGGAGAAAAAGGCAUUUUGCUUUCAGGUGGACAGAAACAACGAAUUGCGAUUGCUCGAGCUCUGCUCAAGAAUCCUAAGAUUCUUCUGUUAGAUGAAGCAACGAGCGCUUUGGAUGCUGAAAAUGAGUAUCUAGUGCAAGAAGCUCUGGACCGGCUGAUGGAAGGGAGGACAGUCCUAAUUAUUGCUCAUCGUCUGUCUACUAUUCAGAAUGCUGAUUUUGUUGCAGUCCUUGGCCAGGGUAAAAUUCUUGAAUGUGGAAAACAUGAGGACCUACUUGCAAAUCCAAAUGGACUUUUCAGGAAACUAAUGCAGAAACAAGCUUUUCUUCAGAAUGGUGAUACUUUUGCAUUAGAUUUACAAUCUAGAGAAAAGGAUGUAUUAAAAGAAAAUGUAUGUCUGAGUUCCUUUUAUUCGGAGCUAAUGAAAGGACUAGGUGCUGGUGGACGUCUGUGGGAACUUAUUGAAAGGAAGCCCCAACUUCCAUUUAAUGAGGGAAUCACAUUAGGCAAAGACACAUUCAGAGGUGCUUUGGAAUUCAGGGAUGUCGAGUUUGCAUAUCCAACACGUCCAGAAACAUCAAUUUUCAAAGAUUUUAGCCUUUCCAUUCCAGCUGGCUCUGUUAUGGCUCUGGUUGGCCCAAGUGGUACAGGGAAAUCAACUAUUGUAUCCCUUCUACUGAGGCUGUACGAUCCUAUCUCAGGUACUAUCACUGUUGAUGGCUUUGAUAUCCGUCAGUUAAAUCCACUGUGGUUCAGGACAAAGAUUGGAACAGUGAGUCAGGAACCAAUUCUGUUCUCCUGUUCUAUUGCUGAAAAUAUUGCCUAUGGUGCAGAGGAUCCUUCUACUGUGACUGCAGAGGAGAUUCAGAAAGUUGCUGAAAUAGCUAAUGCUGCUAGUUUUAUCAGAGAUUUUCCAAAAGGGUUUGACACUGUAGUUGGAGAAAAAGGCAUUUUGCUUUCAGGUGGACAGAAACAACGAAUUGCGAUUGCUCGAGCUCUGCUCAAGAAUCCUAAGAUUCUUCUGUUAGAUGAAGCAACGAGCGCUUUGGAUGCUGAAAAUGAGUAUCUAGUGCAAGAAGCUCUGGACCGGCUGAUGGAAGGGAGGACAGUCCUAAUUAUUGCUCAUCGUCUGUCUACUAUUCAGAAUGCUGAUUUUGUUGCAGUCCUUGGCCAGGGUAAAAUUCUUGAAUGUGGAAAACAUGAGGACCUACUUGCAAAUCCAAAUGGACUUUUCAGGAAACUAAUGCAGAAACAAGCUUUUCUUCAGAAUGGUGAUACUUUUGCAUUAGAUUUACAAUCUAGAGAAAAGGAUGUAUUAAAAGAAAAUGUAUGAGAGAACAUACGGAUAAUGGAAACUUACAAACUACAAAGAAUAUAACUUAUGUGUCAGUUAUGUAAAUGUUAUAUUUUUCCAAAAUGUACAAAAUAUUCUUUGAAACUUAAAUGUGUUUAAACUUUUUAUUGAAAGCUUUUUAAUAAGUAUCACAACUUUUAAAAAUGUCUAUCACACUGAGAUUAUUUCAGUGUGUGGAUUUUUCUGUUUUGUGUCAUGUUAAUUGAGACCAUUUAGAAUCGUUUUCUGUAAUGCACUGUAUGAUCAUGUGUUGCAUUCUCAAGCAAAUACAGUAUUUUAAGGGUAAUUAAAUGACAGUCUUUUCAUUUUCA